AAAGAGAAGGAGGACUGAUUGCAGACGACGAACUGCUUAAAUCUCUGUGAAAAGUUUAUCGUAAAGGCUUUCAGUUGAAAAAGUCACUUGCUAAAGAAUUAAAGUAAUAAUUUCUUGUAUGAAAAUAAAGUAAAUAAAAUUUUGUUACCUACGAGUUAAAUCACGUGACAACGAUAGUCAUAGCAUUAUUCAUGACAGAACAGCAAAUACGCUCGAACACUAUACGUGGAAAUGUCUGCAUUGCGUUUGGUUUCCAUCCUCUUUGAUUGCCCUGGCCGCCAGUUUAGUUUGCCAAGACGAUGUCAGAUCCCGAAGAGGGAGAAAGUUUAUAGAAAGUGGACGUGAAACAGUUUUCUGGACUGCGAAAUGAGACCGAAAGUUUUAGGAGAAGCAAGCGGUAGUGAGAUGGCACAGGAAGAGUUUGACCCCCUCUGGUUGAUGUCAGGGGUGGUUAUGUUGGUCUUAGAAGCUCGAACUCCAGAUCAUUCUGUGAAAGGCAGAACUGAGGGACCUCACUGCCCCCGUCCAAAGAAGGAAGGGCGUCAUUCUUGCUCCAAAGAAACUUUUGAGUGUCGUAGAGCAGUGGAAAUUCGGAAGCGACUCAGAAUGAUGUUGGACAAUGGGAUACCGACCUGCAUUGACAUUCUUCUCUUUCCAGCCUGCACUCAUGGGACACAGGAAGCUCAGUCUCUUGAUGGAGCAGCAAGUAGUGUUCAAGAAAACUGCAUCCUGCUGGAACGUUGGAUGAUUCAAUGUAUUCAUAAAUGGCAUGGUGAAUGGACAGAGGGCAUUGGAGGCAGUAUGCUUCUGCAGGCUGUUCGAUCUUACCUCUACUUCUCGCAGCUUAGUUCCUGGCUGUCAUCAAUGCAGGGGCAUCUGCCAGUGGUCACAGUAUGCAGAUUAUAUGCACCAGGAGAAGAGGCUAGAGUGGACUUCAAGCAGAAGCCAGACUCUCACAUUUUCCCAAUAGGAACAAAUGGACAUCAUGGACUGAAAGUCGAUGUUUUAUCACUUCCCCGACAGGACCAUGUUCCGCACCUUCUAUGUGUUCUGAGCAGCCAGGAUGAAAAGUUGACCAAUGUAGAAAGUGCCUGUGGCAUCCCUGCUAGAGAGAGUUCUCCCAGAAAGAGAGGCCGCUUUGCUAAGAUGAAGAUGGAGAAAUCGUUAAAUGAGAAGGAAGCGCCAGGCAGACAAGAAACAGAUUUUCGUCACAAAUCCUCUUGUGCCUUGGCUGUUGAACCUAGAGCAAAUGGUAGAAGUCUAACCCGGGAAUGGGAGGCCAAGAGCUCAGAGCAGCUGCAGAAGUCAGAAGAUGAACUGAAUUUUGCAAAAGACUGUCUGGAAAUGUGUCAAAGAUGGAACAAAGAUCAUAACUUGUUUGGCACCAGACAAGAGGGAACAUUGGUUCUGGCUCCUGGUGAAAAGGAGCUGAGAGAGAGAGCAAAGGACAAGGUGGAAAGGUCAUCAGUAAGGUCAAGUCUAGAAAGUCAGCUGAAACCUCUUGCACUGCUUCCACAUGCUGCUGCAAGGUCUUUAGAUCUUCACAGUCCUAAGGUCCUGAUGUCCACAGAACUCAAGUUGCCUAGAAAUCUAGUGACCAUGAAAAAACGUAUGGACUUUGAAGCAGUCAGUGACACUGAUGGAGAACAGCUUGUUUCUUCACUAGACCACAGUGUUUUCUUUACUGGCCAACUUCCUCUGGCACCACAAGACAUGCAGAGAAUUCUUGCCAAUCUUCAGUCUCUUGGUCAGCCUUUUGCUGGUCUUCCUUCAUGUCCAGUACCACUGAAGAUGGAGAAGGUAAACCAAAGUAUUCAUGGCAGCUUGAGCACCUUAAGGACAUACAUGAAGUCUGCUCGGCCAUUCACCACAUUAUCUACUUCACCAGCAUCUAUCGACUCGUGCUGUGCUGGUAAAGAACCUCAGGAGAAUUUAGAUGCUAAAGAGGAAGAUCUGAGAAGAAUGUUCUCAAAACUGAAGAUACCGCCACAAGAUGCUAACGUCUACUUUUCAGGGCACAUUAUCACAUGCACCUCUAAUGAGUGCAGUCAAGACAGAGAUUCUCAUGUUGAUGGAUUACAGAUUUCAGAUGACAAGGACUUGCCAAAAGAAAACGCUAAGCACAUCAUCAAAUCAUCCCCAAAUGAUCAAGGUCAUCCAACUCACCAAAGAACAAGGGAUUUGGAUUAUGAGAGUGUCAACAAAGGAGACAUAAAAAAUAAACAUUCUGAGGACCACGUACCUGCAGCCUCUUUGUAUAAGUUCUCUAUAAGAAAUCACUCACAAGUAAACCUGAAUCCAUCUUUGCUUUCUUCACAUUCUGCUUCCAAGCAAACUUUUGAGCAGGCUGGAACUGGGUUCACAAAUGAAACAUUAAGUAACAUUAGGAAGGUUAUUAACUUUAGGCAUACGGAUUCUUCUGAAGAAAUGUUAAGGGAAAUCCCUGCAGAUAUUUCUGCUAAGUUGUCUUCCUUCUCUGCCCAGUCUUUAGCAUUGUCAAUUGGGCAUGCCUCAACUGUUCACAGCCUUACUGACAAAGAUGAUGAAAACAGUGACUCCAGCACUCCAACAAAUCAGCCUUCUUCACCCAUGGCAGAGAGUCCACUGACAUAUUCAUUACACUCAGCUGUAGAUGUUUGUGAUAGAAAAGGUGAAAGCAAAACUGUUGUCAGCAGUAAGAGCCAUGAAAGCUUGUUUUGUUCAAAAGAAAAAUCUAGGAUGGCCUUAGUAGCACCAUCUGUUAUGUCUACACCAUCAAAAAGGGAUUCCCCUUUAUAUGCAUCUGUGCAUCCAUCACUUUUAUGCAUAAAUCAGCCUAUAAUUAAAGGAUCAGCACCCUUAGAUGUAUAUGUUUUGGGUGAAUCAGAAAAGAAGUCAUCACAGUCGAGUAUUUCUGCCAAGUCUGGCAGAGAACACAAUCAGAAGAACACAGCAAAAAGCCAGAAUCCGCAUGAGGGCUUGGAGCAUUUCAAAGGUGUUGAACAGAUGAACAGUCAUCUUUCUGCAUGUCCUCUGUCAUCAUCAGCAAGUAAACAUUGUGGUGUUGUAAAUUACCUGCAAAGUGCUGAGAACUCUGAAUCUUUAGAAAGUAAGGUGGGUAGCAAUCUCUCUGACUGGGAUUCUUGUAGCUUGCUUGACCCAUUUAAGGGUGGACAUGAUGGAGGGGGCUUCCAGCAGGAAACUCUCCCCCAGGGAAACUUCUGCAAGCAUGCUUUCUCCACAGGAGCAGACGUCUCCACUACCGAAGAUGUAUCAUUCCAAAGACCAGUAUUUUCUUUACCUAGCUGUGAUGACUUAUUGCAAGAUACCAACUCUCAAGCAUCUUCAGAUGCAAUAGCUCGAUUUAAAAAGUAUUUUCAAGAUGAGGGUUGUAACAGUGAUCAAACAUCAGACCAGAUCUGGUCUUGUGAUGGUUCUUUAGAUGAAAAGGAUAUCGAGGACCAAGCACAGCAACACAAGACAAGUUUGUGUGAACAGAGUCCGUUGGAAAGUUCUCUGAGAAACUCAGGUGGCCAUGAUCAUCUUCGCCACCGUAUGGUCAAGAGUGCUUCCAUGAUGUUCCACUCCCGUAGUAGUCUACCUUCUCAGUCUAGUCCGGCACCCAUUAAACGACGGUCGACAGGACGGUUUGACUAUGAUGAAACGCUCACAAAUACCCGAGCCAUAAAAAAUGCGCUGUCCAUGUCGCGGCUGGUGGACGUGUCGCGGGAUGCGACAGACUCCCUGUCCAAAUCCGUGCGCAUCCUUAGCACGAGCGCUCCCGCUUCCACCAACUGUCUGUUGGGUAACUUUGAGGAAUCCAUCUUGAACGGACGGCUUGAGCCGGCGGGUGUGGUUGAUGGUUUCACGGUGGAUAUUGGAGCCAGUGGCUCGUUUUGUCCGCCACACCUCUCCUUACCUGUCACCGCCUACUUUUUCAACCUGUCUGAUGACAAUGCACCCUCUCCAUACUUGGGCCAUGUUGACCUUGAAGGCGUUGGCAAGAAAGGUUACCACAUUCCACGCAAGGGAACACUACAAGUGACCUUAUUUAACCCCAAUAAGACGGUGGUAAAGAUGUUCGUGGUGAUGUACGACCUGGCCGACAUGCCUCCUCACAGUCAGACGGUCAUCCGCCAGCGAACUGUGUACAUGCCAGUCGACCCCAACAGCCAGGAGCCGGCCUACCUGAGAUACCUCAUCCAUCUCAGGGUGACCUCCAGUACCAGCAGCAAGAUCUACCUGCACACUGACGUGCGCCUCAUCUUCGCGCGCCACAAGUUCGAGCUGGACACCAACAUCGCGCAGUAUGAGCUCCGCUCCUUCACCGAGACACCCGUCAAUCCCAAGUACUCGCCCAAGAAAUGACUCAACUCCUCAGCCAUCAAAUAUUCACCUAGCUAUUGGCGAGCGAGUUUUCUACGUGUCUUGCGCUACUGUUGAUCGCUGGCGGAUCCUCAUUCUGUCUUUGUGUGAGAGAGAGAGAGAAGAAAAAUUGUGUGAAAAAAGGAGAGAGAGGUCAUGUAGAACGUUUCACUAUGAUUUCUUACCAUUUCACACACACGCACGUACACCUCAGAGAGAAGUGUAGGAGACAAUCCCUUUUUUUUUUAGUUCUCUGCAAGGCACAGAUUAAAAUAUAGUUGGAAAAGUCCAUAGAUGUCAUAGAACACAGGGUUUUGACUUUUGCAAAGGUCUAAAAAGUGAACACUCAUAACCAUUUUCUGCUCUGCUCAGCUAUAGUCUUCUCAAUUACCUCCCCCGCCACGGGGCGAGCCAGUGGCCUGUCACGAAUACAGCGAGGGCUGGAUGUCCUGGGUUCAGCUCUGGUCUGGGGCAUGCUGUUUUUUUUUUUAUCUGCAUGUGGCAUGUUUACAGGGCUGGCUGCUUUGCCCGGAUAUAGUCUUAGAUCCUUGCUCGACGUAAAACACCGCCAGGCCUCCUCUCACGUAUACAUGCUCUUUCUGUCAACUGGCCAGUCUCAUUGCUGGCCGUCAUAAUUGUCAGUUUACGCAAAAAUACGAGGGUUAUGCUGUGAUCCUUAAAUGUUAGGCAUUAGGUAAAGGUAAAACUACAUUGUAGGCAUGCAUAUAUAGCCAGUCCUUGGUGUCUGUGACAUAGCUGAAACCAAUUGUGUGUAUGUGUUGUGGAGGGUGCGUGCAUGUGUUGCUAUUUAUAGUUCACUGGAAGGAUGCAGGUGAUGAUGUGUACUCAUUUUCAAGUUGAAGCACCGCAACCGUUGAUGCGUGCAUUUAGAGAAAGAUGUGUCUGUGACAGUGUGCCAUCGAAGUAAUCGGAUGUAGUUAUUAAUCCAGAUGAAGUAGCCCCGGCACAAGCUGACAUUAAGAGUUUGAGGUCGGGUAUAAUAAUUGACUUCUCCCUCCUUUCCCUCUCAUGUAUGACAUCGGUGGAGCGAGUGUCGGUCUUGAUUUCGACAGUCUUCCAUCAUUUGGUAAAGUGCAUAUAGUGCAUUUUGACAUUCGCUUUCACACAAGAGAAAGGUAAAUUAUCUUCGAAAGGGCUCUGUUUCAUAGUGCAGGGUUUCGCGAGAAGCCAGCCACAAGAACCCAAUAUUACAUGAGAUAAAUAGGCAUUAGUCUUGCUGAUUUUUCAGCUGAAUGCAGAUACGGCAACAGCAAAGCCUAUUUCUGUUAAGGCUGUUUUACACUGUAGUCUUACGGAAUAUGUUUGGUUUGGGUUGUCUUAAUUCUGUGACCUAAGGGAAUCUAAGUAUGCUAUUUAACACGAUGAUUUCCUUUUAUAUAAUUUUUAAAAAUAACAUUAUUUAUAGAUUGCUAAGCAGUGCCAGAGGAUUGUAUAUUUCUUCAAGGUAAGCUUAUAUUAGGCGUACAGAAGCGAUAACUGAAAGCGAUUAAAUGUUUUAUUUGGCACACGGUGCAGGUGGAGGGGAAGAACUCGAUAGCAAAAGCGCUUGAUGACUAGUUGAGUGACCUCUGUCGAGGUAGGGGUCACUGCCUGCGCUUCAUCCACUAGUGGUACGUGGACCUGUGUGCCCACUGUAAACAUCAUACUGUAGCUGUGUGUAGUGGACCGAUCUAGUCGUUAACAUCUUCAGCAAUGACUGGUAGUGCUUGUGGGCUACAUGUGAUAAGUUUGUCUUUUUUAACAAAUGUGAUAUGGCUUGGGGUUUGAGUUUCGUUUUGUUUGUUUUUUUUAUUUUCUAAGUGUCCGUGGAAGAAAAAUUGGAGGUGUGUGUCGAUUAAAUAUUUCGACCUUGGCGGCGCGAGGAUGCAUAGAUGAUAACUGGUGACAGAAACUGAACUUGUGAUGCAAACCUCAGUAGUGCCUUUAGUUACCUUUUUUGUGGUGGCUUGUAUUUAUUUUGUUUCGUAUUAUUUAUUUUACUUGCAUUUAUAGGAGUUUUCAUUGAUGUGAAAAAGAAGAGUGCGUAUGAUGCUGUUGAUGGUUACUGUGAUGGUCAUUGUGUUGCAGAUACUGGAACUGUGUAUGGUGUGCGUGUAGAGCAAGUAUUUUACUUAUGGAUUAGACGGUGUGUGCAUGUAGAGCAAAUAUUUCACUGAACGAUGACAGGGUGUGGUGUGCAUGAUGAGCAAAUAUUUUACUUAAUGACGACUGAAAAGUCGGAAUGUGCACCCCUUUGUACACUUUUAAUGAGGGUAGUGUACUGUACCGACACCCGUUCCAUCCUCCCCUAACUUAUUAGUCUCGCAGCCUUGCUGUCACUAUCACGCACUUGUCGACUGUUGUAGUUACUGUUGAAAGCCUGAGGGGCAAUGAUGUGCGGCUAUUAAAACAUUUACGACAUCGAAA